CUAUUCGUAUCAUCGUUGACCGACUGAUUUUCUAAACUCCCCCUUCCCCUCUGCUUGUGCUCGAAACCCCCCCUUCAGGAAUAAAUAGGUACCCCAGAGGAAUACCGACGUAAUCCACAAUGAGUUCGCCUCUACGUCCAAACAUGGAUUCCGCAAAUCGCGGUGCCGCCCCCCGCUCGAGUCGUAAGCGCUCUCGCACUGGCGGCGAUGCCUCCUCUCCCGUGGCCGCUUCUAGCCCCAUGCCGUCAUCUCCACCCGCCUUCAACAUUGCCCACGGUGGUGACGAUGACGAUGACGAUAUUGAGGAGGAGGCCGAGAUUCAGGAUGACCUCGAGGAGCUCGACGAGAUGGCAGAGGACGACGUGGACUUGUUUCGCGAGGGCUUUGAGCGGGACUACAACGAUAAGGACGACAACGACGCCUACGAGGGAAUCGACAUUGAUGACGAAGGCGAAUUCGACGAGAUGAGCCUCGGCGAAAGGCGACGUCUCGAGGCUCAGCUGAGCCGCAGAGAUCGAGAAGUGGCGCGGAGACGGCGAAUGCCCCAGGCUUUCCUUCAGGACGAGGAUGAGGACGGAGACAUCGACCUCACCGCCCAACCACGGCGCCGGCGUCACCACUACGACGAAGACCCGGACGACGAGAUGGACCAAGACAUCAUGGAUGAAGAGCUCUCGCUCGAGGCUCUGCAGGAUGUCAAAGCCUCGAGCCUGACCGAGUGGGUCUCUCAACUGUCCGUCCAGCGCACGAUCAAGAGAGAAUUCAAGGCCUUCCUGACCGAGUAUACCGACGAGAGUGGCUCUUCGGUCUACGGGAGCCGUAUCCGGACUCUCGGUGAGAUCAACGCCGAGUCUCUCGAGGUGUCCUACGACCACUUGUCCUCGUCGAAAGCCAUUCUUGCCUACUUCCUCGCCAACGCCCCCGCUGAGAUGUUGAAGCUCUUUGAUGAUGUAGCCAUGGAGGUUGUCCUUCUACACUACCCGGAUUACGAACGCAUUCACUCCGACAUCCAUGUCCGCAUUUUCGACCUCCCCGUCCAUUAUACUCUGCGUCAGCUGCGGCAAUCGCAUCUCAAUUGCCUAGUGAGGGUGAGCGGUGUGGUCACUCGACGGACGGGCGUCUUCCCCCAGCUCAAGUAUGUCAAGUUCGACUGCACCAAAUGUGGAGUGACCCUGGGUCCUUUCCAACAAGAGUCCAACGUUGAGGUUAAAAUUUCCUUCUGCCAGAACUGCCAGUCUCGUGGUCCCUUUACUAUUAACUCCGAGAAGACGGUGUACCGGAACUACCAGAAACUCACGCUCCAGGAAUCCCCUGGCACGGUCCCCGCUGGCCGUCUACCUAGGCAUCGCGAGGUUAUCCUCCUCUGGGAUCUGAUAGACAAGGCGAAGCCUGGUGAGGAAAUCGAGGUCACCGGCAUUUACCGAAACAACUAUGAUGCCCAGCUCAAUAACCGUAACGGGUUCCCGGUCUUUGCGACCAUCCUGGAAGCAAAUAACGUCAUAAAAGCGCACGAUCAGCUUGCGGGCUUCAGGCUCACCGAAGAGGAUGAGCACGAGAUUCGGAAGCUUUCGCGCGAUCCCCAAGUUAUCGACAAGAUUGUCAAUUCGAUAGCACCGAGCAUCUACGGGCAUACCGACAUAAAGACCGCCAUUGCCUUAUCCCUCUUUGGCGGCGUCGCAAAAACAACCAAGGGUGCCCAUCAUGUACGCGGGGACAUCAACGUCCUACUGCUUGGCGAUCCUGGUACGGCCAAGUCCCAGGUCCUCAAGUAUGUAGAAAAGACUGCCCACAGGGCCGUCUUCGCUACUGGUCAGGGAGCUUCCGCUGUCGGUCUCACGGCUAGUGUCCGUCGGGACCCUCUCACUAGCGAGUGGACGCUAGAAGGAGGCGCCCUAGUUCUCGCGGAUAAAGGCACCUGUCUCAUCGACGAAUUUGACAAGAUGAACGACCAGGAUCGGACAUCGAUCCACGAGGCCAUGGAGCAGCAGACCAUUUCUAUAUCCAAGGCAGGCAUCGUUACCACCCUGCAGGCUCGAUGUGGGAUCAUCGCGGCGGCCAACCCGAUCGGCGGCCGCUACAACUCUACGAUACCGUUUUCUUCCAACGUCGAGCUAACCGAGCCUAUCUUGUCUCGUUUUGACAUACUCUGCGUCGUGCGAGACACCGUGGACCCCGAAGAAGACGAGCGAUUAGCUCGCUUCAUCGUCGGCUCUCACAGCCGAAGCCACCCGACUACUCAGUCCACCGCUGAGGGGUCUAUGGAGGUUGAACAAGACGACUCCGAAGCUGCUCAGGAAAGCCAGGCGGCGCAGAAGAAGGAAGGCGAUAUCCCUCAGGAGCUGCUUCGUAAAUACAUCUUAUAUGCGCGGGAGCACUGUCAGCCAAAGCUCCUUCACAUGGACGAGGACAAAGUCGCGCGGCUUUUCGCGGAUAUGCGACGAGAAUCGCUUGCCACUGGCGCGUACCCUAUUACGGUUCGUCAUUUGGAAGCCAUCAUCCGGAUAUCCGAGUCAUUCUGCCGGAUGCGGUUAUCGGAAUAUUGCUCAGCCCAGGACAUCGACCGGGCCAUCGCCGUUACCGUUGACAGUUUCAUCGGCAGCCAGAAGGUCAGCUGCAAGAAGGCGCUCGCGCGUGCAUUCGCCAAGUACACGUUGGCGAGACCCGGCGGAAGUAGCGCGCGGAGAGGUGGGCAGACCCGGCGUAGAACGGCGGCGGCGGCGGCAUAGGGCAGAGAAAAACAGAGGGGGCCCUACCUGGCGUAGAACGGGGCGUGUCAUAGGGAAAUGGAACGCGAGACAUGAAGGGACUCACAUUUCUUUGAAAAAACGUGCUUUAGCUAUGAUGAUACAGCUUGAGGAUAACGCAACAUAAUGUGUAGACCUGAUAUACGAAGACGCCAAGAAUCGACUGCGCGCGGCCCGGGCGUGU